AUGUUCAAUUUGUCGCUGUUAUUUUGGUUUCCAUUGUUGUGGUUUGUGGCCAGACCUGUGGUGGGGGAAUCGUUGCCCAGACUAAACGCCAGAGACUAUCAGCUCGACUUUUUGCGAGCUUUGGCCGACCUGGCUGAACAACGGGCCGAGCUAAGCCUCAACGAUUACCUGCAACAAUUGGAGAGUGAUGCCAGCUAUGGCAACUACAGUGGGCAGUUGGCCUUCGCCCGCGCCUCCCACAAACUACAGCCCAAGGUGUUACUCAUUAAGCAGCUGCUGGACGCCAAACAUCACUCCCAACUUGAUCUGAAGCACACUUGUGUGCUGCGGAAUUUACUGUUCCUCAGUCGCCUUAAUCAGCAGCUUCGCAGUGCAAGGGAAUCAAGUGGUCAGGAGAUUCGUCAGCUACGCUUGCAUCGCGUCUGUCAGCAGUUCGAGCGACCUCGUCCCACUGUGCAGCAUAGGGAACGCCUGAUUAACGACCAGACAGUGGGCGCAGCUUUGCAACAAUUGAAUCUCACACAGAGCUUAUCAAAUGGAACUAGCCUGAGCCUAAAUGAGUUUGGACAGCAGCUCUACGAGCGUGUUAAGCUAUCGGGAUCUGAGAUUAUAGACAACUAUGUGCUCAUGCUGCGUGAUCUACUGCAGAACAUUCUCGAUGCUGAUCACGUUGAUUUGGCUGAGAAUUCGACGCAGUUGGAGCAGCUUAUACAACAACUCGACACAAUGCUGGCCAUUCCAGAUUUCUUUGAGAAGCGACAGAGUGUCUACUCCUUUAUCGAGCGUCAUUUAGCAUCGGAUCAUGAGGUGACGAGUCAGGGCACCAAUUCCAAGCAACGUCUGACCGAACAUUUACUGGAUCAACUGAAAGCCAAGGGCCUGGAUCUGUUUGUCAUCUUUCUGUUCAGCAACUUUGAGUUCCUCGAGCACGUUCACGAGCAUUGGACUCAACUGUUGCCCCAGACGCCCACUGUGCUGUACGACGAGACAAAUCGGCAGCUGUAUGAUAUCCAACAGCUUUAUGAGAGCUUCAAACUGGACACUGAGAGCUUUGCUAAGUACGAGGCAUACUCACAGGCAUUGAAACGCCUGCACGAACGCACAGUGGAGCAGGGACAACAAAAUCAUCACAUUUUCGAAAUGUUCAACAAUGCGGCACAGAACGUGGGCAGCGUUACCUUCAACAUGAUUAAAGCCAAGUGCAAGGAGUUACUUUAGGAAAUGUUCGAGAAUGCAUAUAUAACUAUAAGUAAGGCU